ACCUAGUAUUUCCCCGUCGGCUACCUACCUAUUCCCCCCUCCAGCGUGAUUUUUUGUCAUCUGUAUUUUAUUUUUCACCUUCACUUCUUAUCUAUGUUUUCAGGCAAUCACCCUCAUUUUCAUACAUUUCAUAACCCGCACUCUUCCUCAUCUCCAACUCCAUUGUGUUGAUACUUCUCACAUCAACAUUGAUUCUCACUUACAUUGUCACUGCACCUCUGAUCUCAUCAAAGUCACUUGAGAUAAUACAUCAAGUCACAAUGGAGAAUCAUGAUCCCAACCAGCCAAUUUCCGAAAAGCCUACUGUCAUUUUUGAGGCAAGACUCCGACCAUUUAUCGAGGAUGAAUUGAAUUCCAAUCACCUGAAACUUGUAUGGAAAAAGAAAAUCCCAAUUUCAUUUUCAUAGUCUAACUGACACCUACACAUUAGGCCCACGCUCAACUCUCCAACCUCAUACAAGAAAUAGAAGUUGAGAAUGUCAUCUGCAAUAUUGAUAAUGACAUGUUGCCUCUCCUCGCACGUAAGUCUUCCUGCAUGAUACGAUCUCCGUUGUUGAAAUAAACUCUUAUCUCUCAUCUACAGAAUUGAGCGAUGCCUGGAAGUUAUGGGCGACUCAAGAGAUAGAGUCUUUAGUACCAGUCGAAAUUAUUGCCAUUGAGAAUCAAGAAAAACCAAACCAUCUUACACUUCGGGAUGUCCUAAGCCGUUUUUGCAUCUACAAGAUGCAUGGUGUUCCACCACCACCACCACGCUCAUUUGAAGGCUCCGAAAGCACGAAUUCAAGUGAAGGAUAUGAUGAUCCAGAGAUACCAUCAGCUGAAGUUUUCGAUAUGCCUCAUCAUGACUUUGAUGGUAAAUGGGAGGAGUAAGUGUGAAAUAAUGUAUAUCAAAUGUUCUUGUCGACUAAUAUUGCACAGGCUUAUAUUUGAUCAGAAUCACAAGGAAGAUCUUUCGUGGAUGAUAUCUAACAUGCGUGCGUAUAAUCUUCUGGAAUUUGUAGUCCGAUAAAUGCUAAUUUGACGUCAAAUAGUUACCUUUUCCGCGGAUGCCAGACUUGCAAAGAAGAGAAUGAAUCCAAUGGCUUUGUUUCAUGGUAGGUCAACAAACCACACUCACCAUAGUUAGAAUCAGGUCUAACGUUUAUGGGGCUACCAAUAACCAUCAUUGCCAUUCGUGCAAUGAUGGCUAUAUGGUGCUUCAUCAAUUCUAGGUCCUCCAGGAACCGGGAAAACAACAAUCUGUCAAGCAAUUGCACAACGAUUAGCCAUUCGUUUAGUCGAAACAUUUCCACACACGAAACUCAUCCAAGUCAAGACAGCUACUCUUCUAUCCAAAUACUACAGCGAAAGUGCAACACAAGUAGACGAUUUACUUACCAAGGUCAAAAUUAUGUGCCAGAACAACCCAAGGCGCAUUAUCAUAGUAUUAAUUGAUGAAGUUGAAUCCAUUGCCGUAUCCAGACAUUCCGGUGUCAUGCAUGGAGAAGCGCAAGAUUCACUACGAGCCACCAAUUCUCUACUCACCGGACUCGACAGAGUCAUGACAUGUCCAAAUGUUGUAUUCAUGUCGACAUCAAACAUGAUCGAUUGUCUCGACGAAGCAUUUGUCGAUCGAUGCGCCAUCCAAAUUCCAUUUCAACCACCAUCUGAAGAAUCCCAAUACAAGAUCCUAAAAGCAAGUGUAUUAGAGCUCGUCAGAAGAGAGAUCAUCACAGCAGAUCUAUCGACCCUUCUCGAUCCUACGCAAUUGAUCCAAUCCUGGCAAGAAGCUACACUCUAUACAGCCUUCCAGAGCAAUUCCGCCACCGGCAAGUUACUCAAUAUCAUCAUGCAAUUAAAUUCUCCCAGCGCAAAAAAUAAAGUCGGUAUAUCCGGUCGAUUCUUAACUCAGAUCCCCGAACAGGCAUUGAUGAAAAGCGCACGACCAAAUAAAUCAUUAACACUAGAUGUUGCAUUAGAUUGUAUCGAGAAAUUUGUCCAAGAUUUAUUGAGUGCAAGAGAAGUUCGGAAGCGAAAACUUUCGGGGCUAGAAGUCGAAGUACAAUCUGGUGCAAAAAAUCACUGUUGUUGCGUUGCUCAAAAGGAUGAGUAUAUUAGCAAUGACGGGAUGCAACGGGAGUUCGGAUACAUAACAAAACACUAAUCUUAUUGCCUUGCAAAAUAAGAGAGAAGAAAAAAUGAAUGGCUAAUCUCAAAAUAAUAGCAGGAUGUAUCUCAAGGGAUUCGUUCGGAGAACAAUUUAAUCAAGCUGGGGAUGUAAGAUCAUAUCAUAUAUGAACCGAGAAGGAGUAUUUGCAUUUGCAUUUUCGUUGUACUAUACUAUAGUAUAUAACAUAGCUAGAUACGCAAGAUCUCAUUACAUUGCACAUUCAUAAUAACAUAAUGAUUUAUAGCUACCUACCUAUAAACACAUCAACUUCCCAACUAAUAUCCUGCUCGCGAGAGUAGCAGUUUAGGUACCUAGCAAUCACUAUAUCAUCUACACCAAAAACCCAUCUAUUACCAUGUAGGUAGCGUUACAACCAUGGAGUAA